AUGGCUUCCACAAGUAAAAGAAAUUCUGCAGUGAGAAUUCAAAAUACAUUUUGCCCUGAAGGUGGAGUCUGCAAGCACGGAUUCCUCAUCAAAUCACCACCUCUUCAGCUUUUCAGCUCACAGAAUUCCUGGAAAAGACGUCUUUUCAUCCUGUCCAAAUCCAGCAAGGGUGAUUACAUCCUGAAGUAUCUAAAAGGCCAGAAUGUAAAAGGCUCCAUAGCUGUUGAUCAAAUCAUAAGUAUUGAAGUUGGCAUAAGCAAUUCUGAAAUCAUGGAAAUGGUGAGGAAGAUGUUCAAAUGCCUUCCUGAGCAGGUGAUGUCCAUCAGUACUGGAAACAGAUGUUACUACCUCAUUGGGAACAGCAGGCAGGAAACAGAGGACUGGGUCACUCUGAUAUCUUCGGUCUGCAGGGAGGACAAAAGAGGUGGAUGCUGCCCUCAGAGCCAAGAUCUUCCAAAUCCAGCAGUCAGAAGCCGGCCCUCCUCCUUCCCACUAUUGUGGAAUUCUACAGAUAUGACCAGUUUCCCAGAAAGUCAAAGCUACCAAAAGGAGAAUGGUUCCUCUGAAGACAAGAACAGGCCUUACUCAGAUCCUGGUCCUCAUGAGGCUCAGUGUGACUCACCAAGAGGAGUUUUUCCAAGCCUGCAGGAUAAAAUGCUGGGGAGAAGUGAGGAAAAUCUGCUGCCAUCAGAUACAGAUGAAAACAUCCAAAAGGACGAAGAAGAUUAUUACCAAACUCCCAGCAAUAUUCUAGCAAAGUGCACUACUGAAGUAUCAAAGCCUGAUCCUGCAGCUGGGUCUGAUGGCCUUGUGCAAGAGAAGCCAGUGCAAAACAACCCAGUAAAGGAGGACAUUUAUAUGCCAAUGAAAUCACUUAAGUUGCUGGAUGAGAGAUGCCAGCUCAUGUGCAGACUUGAUGGGCUCCCUUCUCCCAAAUGCCAGGACAACAGUGCGCAUCCAAGAGACUUGGAAGCAAACAGAGACACAAAAUUCCCAGAAAGCAGCACCGGCCCACAGCCAGCACUCCAGAGAAGGCAAAAUUCAUUACCACUUUCAGUGGUUCAGUUGUCAAUACUGCUCAGUCAAGUUACAGAUGAGACUCAGCUACAGAAGUUGGAUAUUUUCGUACCUCUGGCUGAUAUUAACACUUACCUAAAACUUACCGAAGCAGCAGGACGAAUAUGUGUUUCACAGUGGACUGGUCCUCGCCAGCUGGGAUGUUUGUUUAGGCAUGGAGACCAUGUAGUGGCUGUGAAUGAUCUGCAGCCCCAGGGUGUGGAAGAGGCUUACUUCUUCAUCAGCAGGUCCACAAGAAAGGAGGUGAAACUUACUGUAUGUAGGAUUCCCUAUUCAGAUAUCUUCCAUGCUAAAGGCUGCUCAUGUUCCUGA